AUGAGACAAGUCUUCGUUACUCUUUGCUUCUUCGGUGUUGCUACUGCCUUCCUCUUCCCUAUGGGAGGAGGAGAUAGUGGAUGUGGAUGCCAACAACAGCAAUCUUGCGCACCACCAUGCCCACCACCUUGCCCACCACCAUGCCCACCACCAUGCCCACCACCAUGCCCACCACCAGCACCAAGCUGCGGAGGAGGAUGCGGAGGAGGUUCAUCUGGAGGAUGUGGAGGAGGAUGCGGAGGAGGCUCAUCAGGAGGAUGUGGAGGAGGAUGCGGAGGAGGCUCAUCAGGAGGAUGUGGAGGAGGAUGCGGAGGAGCUCCAGCCCCAAGCUGCGGAGGAGGUGGAGGAGGAUGCGGAGGAGGAUGCGGAGCCCCACCACCACCACCACCAAGCUGCGGAGGAGGUUGCGGAGGAGGAUGCGGUGGACGCAAGAAGAGAGAGGCCGCUAACAUUAUCUCUCACGAAGACACCUCCAAAUGCAACAGCGAAGAACUCCGUCAAAUCCUUUUGAAUAACAUGAAAUCCGAUGAAGAACUCUCUCUUAAAGCCAUCAAGGGAUCUAUUGGAGAUAUCCAUGAUUACAUCAUCACCUGCAGCACCAAGCCAUUCAACUUCAUCGCCAAUGUUGAUGACUACUGCACCCACGAGAAGAAUGAACUUCACUGCACUAUCCUCCGUAUCAAUGUUAAGACCGAGGAGGCUAAGCCAGCUGAGGAAGUUAAGGGAACCGCUGAAGCCAAGACUGAGGAAAUCAAAGUUGAAGAGCAGGUCGCUGUCGAAGAGACCAAGGAGGCCAAAGAAGCCAAUCCAGUCAAAAUCAACUGA